CACUUUUUUUGUCGCUUAAUUUUCUUUAAAAUUAAGCGACAAAUACAGCAUUGGCUCGAGUUGACGUUAGCAUGUUAGCAUUUUAGCACCAUGAUACGUCAUAUUUUUUAACAACAUCGCGGGAGUGAGGAUGUGACAUUCAACCAACGAGUACAUCUAGAAACACCUAACGAUUACUUUUAGUUUUGAUACCGACACAAAUCUGUGCGUUUAUAGACUUUACAAGCUCAGUUCCGUCCACACCUGGAAGCCGGAAACAGUUGUUGUCAUGGUGAUCCGGUGACUCAAACUUAACGCUUUGUUACUUUUUAAAAACAUGAACGACUUCAGCAAAUACGAUUUACCUCGGCUGCGGGCCGAACUGGAGCAAGAGCUUGAAGUCAAAGACAUGUUGAAGGAGUCGGUCAGUGACCUGCAAAGCACAAUGUGUGAACUACAGGAGAGACUGCAUAGUGUCGACGGAGAAGGAAACGAGUGGAAGACAAGAUACGAGACCCAGACUGAGCUAAACGGUCAGCUGGAGAGACAGAUUUCAAUGGUCCAUGAGAGGUUGGAGGACCUGCGCGGGAACCCAAUGGAUCGACUGGCUUCUAUACGAUCUUAUGAUGACAUGACAAUUGACUCACUGAGACAGCGUCUGAAGCUCCUGACUGAAGAGAAGUCAGACCUGCAGAGUCAGCUGACCGACUGUCGUGUCAGAAUCGAUCAGGAGGGAAAGGCUUUUCAUAAGACCAAUGAUGAGCGGAGAGCUUAUCUUUCAGAGAUCGCCAAGUUGUCGUCGACAAUUGAAACCCAGAGGAGGCAGUACUCCACUAAACCACAGAGAGGCGUGGAGGGUAAUCCAAGGGUGAAGCUAACUAGUCGGAAAUCAGAAGCCAGUGAAAAGCAUGGAAAAGCAGUAGAAGGAGGAGCUGAGAGAGAAGAUGCUGGUGGAGCGACAGCCGAGGGGCGGCGGGGGACGACGUCCUAUCGAGGCAACAGGUUGCCGACUAUUAAACAUCACCCAAAACACAGAACAUAAAGCAUCUGUUGAAGCUUUGCCGCCAUCCAACUACAUUCAUAAAAGUCCCUUUGUUCUGUUAAUGUCGAAUCAACAAGAGCCUGACGUCGGACUCCAUGCUGAGUCUGAUAUUUCUCUCUCUGAAUUCACGGUGAGCCUCCUACAACGUGCGUUACGUAAAAAGCAGCUCAGUUUGAUGUUGAUGGCAAAGGCAGGCAGAGCAGCCUCCUCCACUACACCUACCCACGACCACUCUUAACGCGGGGGCAACGAAUCUGUGCUAGUGGAACCAGCCUUUUCUGUGCGUAGGACAGAUUUGACAUUAUGAAGUUGUGAUGUAAGAUCAUAUUUAGGACACUGUCAUAAAGACAAACCUUUCUCCAUAUCCUGAGGAUGUGUGGCUACAUGAUACCACUCUCACCGUUACAUGUUUCUGGAUGCUUUGACAAAUACAUGGGCGUUUUUCCCAUAAUUUUCCACAUACAGGUGUGAUUUCAUAUGAACUUAUUUGUAUUUGUGAAAGAGCCACUGGUUAUAGGUGGUGUAUGAUGGGUGUGAAAUUCUGGAGACACCGAAGAAGCCAUUGAAAGGCAUUUAACAACAUUAACAACAAGAACACAAAGAGCAGUUUGAAAUUGGACGUGAAACCAUUACGACUCGCUGUCUGCACCGUUUAUGAUCAUUUCUAUAAUGUCUAGAGUCUUGUACAGUCAGACUUUAUUAUUAUUCGCUAUGCUCUCUCUAACGCUUGUCACUGUGGGGACACAUCCUCACCACUGUCAACACAAACACACACAGUGCAGGGAACUGUGUCCACGUCCAGCCACAUCCACAAAACCCGCUCACACUCCAUGGUGACAGCACAGCCACUCAGCUACAGCUCAAGUACACUAGAUUACAGACCUGACAAAACGCAAAACAAAACUUGUCUGUGAAUAAAAGUCGAUAAAUGUCAUUAAUCUCACUAUGUUUUGCUAGUGCUAGCUAAUGGGGACAUUAAAUUAAUCCUCAUUGGGUUUGUGUCAAUGUCAACCAUCCUUGCUUUAUGCUGGCGCCAUAAAUGAUUCAGAAUAUUAGUUUCACUACCUCGCGCAGAAGACGCACUGGUUACAAUUACCAUCAAUCAUUCUGCUCCAGAUAACAAAGUAUGUGAAAAUGCAUAUGUCAGGAACAAUUCAAUCUUUAAUCUUGGCUCCCAUUUUCACCAAGAAUGCAACAUAGAAAAGAUAAAGUGUAUUGGUUUUGCAUUGUUUUGAGGUAUUCACAACCAAAGUCUAGUACUAUGUGUUAACAUUAACAGGUUCCAUGUAGCCAAAAAUGAAAACCCAACAGAAAUGUUUCCUCCUAUCCAGCACCGACAGCACAACAUAAAAAGUACUGUAGUGUGUGGGCAGUUUGGCAUGUUGUAGCUCUCUCUCCAUUAUUUUUAUAUAUAUAGAUGUAAGUGUAAUAUAAUAAUAAAAGCAGUUGUAGAAUCAGGGUAUAGAAAUAAAAAAUGUUUCAUUAAAUACUGUGCUUUACUCACCUGUUUAUACAGAUGGUUCAAAUAAAUGUGUCAAUCUGGUCUUAGCGCAGAGUUAACCUCCUUUGAACUAUAAAAAUAGGAGUUAA